AUGUUAACUACUUGUUCGCUCAAACCACUGAUACAACAAUCCCAGUUGUCGCCUGAACAGCUCAAGGAAAGCUUCUUGUCCUCAUUCAUGCCAGCCCUCGAGGUCAAUUCAGUACCCUCUUCUUCGGAGUUUCCGGUUGCUCCCGAAAAACUGGCGUCUAUAAUCGAGACCAGUGCCAGAGAUGCGUCGUCCGAUGACUUAGGGGCAUGUACCGAAUCGAUACUUGUAGAGCUCAGUAAGGCUUCAUCGGCACACAAGUUUGUGGUGUCGCUCACAAAAGUGGCUUUUUCGGACAGCGAGGAUUUCAAUCUCAGUAUAGAUUCCAGUAUCGGUGGAUCCUGGAACAAAACAAAAGACGGAGGAUACUCCCACAGCGUGGAAACAGAGGCAGGGGCCCGGCUGCUAGCGACGGUGGUUUGGGUUUCUAAGUAA